AUGGAAAACAAAGACCUUGAGACGAAAUUGAAUGAGGAUUGUUUUGAGUGUAAAGUAACGGGCACGGCGACAGCCUUCGGUCUCGGAUCUUAUACCCUCUAUAACAGUCAAAUUGGGAGAUUCGCUGGUGGAAGAAAUCAUCAGAUAUUCAUGCGGCUCUUUGCUGCAGGUAACUUAUAUAUAUACACACUAAGUUAUGUUUUGAUAGGCGCAUUCUACAUGUCAGCGGCCAGAUGGUUUUAUCUUCCACCCUUCCAUAAUUUAUUAAAACCUCAAGUUAAAACGUAG